UUGUUCCGGCUUGCGAGAGAACACUUAAUUUCUGCAUCGUAUAAGCGUUUGCAUUUGAAAUUAUGCAAAAAGUGUUGUCAGUUACGAAAGCUCUGCACGGUUUUAAAGAUAAAGUAUAAGCUUGCACGGUGUGUGAAAAGAACUAAUGCAUUUAAAUUGCUUGCAAAAUGAUGUGGGAAUCUUAAGAACUUCACCCAAAUUUAUCAUAAAUAGCGCUGAAACGAUAUCGUUCGAGUUAAUAUAUUUAAUUGGUGCCUUACAAAUUGACAGUUGACAAUUUUAAAACUGUGAACUGAACUUUCGCACCGUUUGUCAUUUAAAGCGCAGCCAACUUCACUGCACGCUGUCAAUCGAUAUCUGCAAAUUGCAGUUCUCCCCUUUCCGUGAUUUCAUUUAAAUAGAAAACAAAUGGAUACACUGAACAAUGAUAUAGACUCCAUAGUAGAGGACUGCUGUCAGACGACCGAUGACUUUGCGGAUCUGUACUAUAAUUUUAUUGACAGUCGACGCGAUAAAAUGGGUAAUUUCUAUUUAGACAGCGCUAAAUUGACCUGGAAUCAUAAUGAAAUACUGGGCCGUCAGGCCAUCCAAAAGGUAUUCUUGGACUUGCCACCGUCGCGUCAUGAACUGCAAACGCUCGACUCUCAGCCGUUCCUCUACUCCUUGGGGGGUCAGCCCACGUAUAUCAUAAUGACCAGUGGAACAGUCCUGUACGUUGGGCAGCCGUUGCGCGCCUUUAAUCAGUCCUUUGUUAUAGCCCAGGAGAACAACAAAUGGAGUAUCACCUCGGAUUGCUAUCGCCUGUUAUAGGUUUAUUGAUUAUCAGUUGAUGUACAAAAAUAAUAUAUAUAUAUAUAUAGUCAAUAAAUUAAUGUUUUAAUAGCUAUUGUCAGUAGUGAGGCAUAGCAAACAAUUAA